AUGGCCCUUGGCGCCACAGUCUUGUCCGUUCCUAUCAGCAAGCGAGAGGAAGACAGAAUGGAGAAGCGACAAGUUGUGGCAGCUGUGAGCAGUGUCGUAAACACGGUCAAUACCUUAGCCACGACAGUCAACACUGCACAAACUGCCAUAACCUCCGCAGUCGCUGCCAAUGCUGAGGUGGCAAUCUCCGCAAAUCUGGCUGAGGUCGUCACGGCACUUCAAACUGCACAAACCGCUGUCCAGGCCCAACUUGCAGGCGCUGCGACCAGUAUCACCUCUGCAACCGCCACUGCCCUGCAGAACACGCUCACUCAGCUAAGAGCUAUUGCGUCUGGCCUGCAGACUACCCUUGACGAAGUUGAGGCUGCGACCGAUCUAGUAAUUACUCAGGAGGCUGCUGCCAUCAGAUCUGCACUCACUGGAGUUUUGACGCCGAUCAGCAACUUUGUCAGUGUUGCACGCGUGUCUGGACUGAUAAGCGGUCUUUUGACCUCACUGACAAGCCUUCUUGGCGGUCUUGUCACAGACAUCAGGAACAUCAUCGCUGCCAUUUAA